AAUAUACCGUCAGUUAGCUAUUUCUUUCAACGCUACUAAAUGGAGUCCGAAGCUACGCAUAUAACACUGGCUGGUACAUCGAUGUUUUCGCAUUGAAUGCAUCGCUUUUGAUGCUCAGUUACUACAUUUGCCGCGAGGACAAGCACGGUGGCUGAUUUUUAGGUUCAUGUCUUCGUUGCAUUGAACGUGCCGACGAUCUAGACACGUUCAAAUCGUACUUGAAGGCUGUAGAGAGGAAUAAACCUUUUCCUUCAGGUAUAUCGACCUGGUAGAUAUCUAUGUGGUAUGACAGUGUCAUUAUACUCCCACCCUACACACUGUAAGCAUAUAUAUACUAUCAGUCCGUCCUGAACGGCGAACUAAUUUGACCCCUUCGCUCCUAGUGGAGACCUCAUGAUAUAGAAGCAGAGAAGCAGUUCUUCCUGUUCAGCAUGAGGCGGUGGCAAGGACAUGAGCGCCUACGUGCAGACCAUACAGCUGUCAACCUGGAUUGAAAGGUCCCUCUAAAUCCAGCCCUCGCAAUCCCUCUUCCUCCUCGCUCCAUUUCCCAGGAACAGUAGGUCUUACCGACAAAAUGUCUUCCAGUAGCCCAGAUUGGAUGUCCACCUUUGAAGAGUUCAGGCGUAAUUUGGGACCUACGCUAAAUAAAGUAGAAGAGGGCGUGCGCCGCUUGAAGAGCGGUGACCCUAGCUCCAUGAAGUCUUUGGCCAAGCUCGUGCAUGGCGGGCAGGAAAUUAUCGAUAAACUCAAUUCAGAUGGGUUGCGCAAGGUUGCCGGAGAGUGGAUAGAAGAGACUGUCGAGGGCAGAGCCAAUGAGAUUCUGAAAGAGCUUGGGGGUAGGCCCAUCAAAGAUUCCCGUAGAACGGCUUUUGUCACAGAAGUGACUGAUUCGAGCUCAGACCAUGAGAUUCCACCCAAACCUGCUGAGCAACCUUCAGCUUCAAGCUCCCUUAAGCAAUCGGCGCAUUCGAUUAUGUCGCUAGUAACCGAGGCCAUGUCCGAUACGAGCAACACGGCAUCAAAGAGUGAGGAGUUAGUGCAGAUUGUCUUUGGGGGAACGAAGACGAUGGCGCAGGAUGUCGUUCGCCCGGUCGAGUCAGCUUCUUUAUCACCCGGCGACGAUGCUCAGUUAGGUGACAAUGCGCUUCAUGACCAACUCUUGUCCACGCUCAGUCCUCAAACCAGCCUAACUACGAGCAGUUCAGCACAAGGGCAACAGGAAGAUAGAGUCGCGACAAUUUCUUCAACUGUCCUUGAUCAGUUGGAAGCGAUAUCAAAGAGUUCGAGCGCCUCGGAGUUACUGCGAAAUGUCAUUGGGGGCACGAAGACGAUGGUGCAGACUGUUGUUCGCCCAGUCGAACCAGCCUCUUUAGUAUCCGGCGACGAUGCCCAAUUAGCUAUCGAUGCACUUCAUGAUCAACUGUUGUUUACGCUCACUCCUCAAGUCAAUCCAUCCGAUAAGCUGCGAUCGCUUCAACUCUUGAAACGUCUCUCCAUCACACACAACAAGUUGCCAAGGAAGCUCUUCCUGCCAGACGUCGAAUGCAAUGUUGCAGCCGGUCCUGUCCAAUGGGGCUCCUUCGCGGAUAUUUACUUGGGCAUGUAUCGGAAUCAACCUGUCGCGCUGAAGUUCCUGCGGAUGUUUCAGAAUACAAGUGGAUAUAAGGGCAUGAAGAGGAAGAAGAACUUUUACCGAGAAGCUCUCAUUUGGGCACAUUCAAGCAAACAUCCUCAUGUACUACCAAUCCUCGGUAUCAAUGACACAUGUUUCAAGCAUGGCAUGUGUAUGGUACUUCCGUGGAUGGAACAUGGAAGGAUAGGAGAAUAUAUCGAGAAGCUACAAGAUAAUGAGGACUUCGACAACGGUCAAGAGCAGGUGGACAGAUGGAUCCUGCAAAUCGCCAAAGGGUUGGCAUCGCUCCAUGAAGAAGAGAUCGUCCACGGCGAUCUUCGGGGUGCGAAUGUCCUUCUUGAUAGUGACCUGAACGCCCGAGUCGCGGACUUCGGAUUGGCUACCGUUGCCGAAGAUUACGCUACCCAAACCUCUACAGGUGGUCGACUGCCCAACUGGCUCGCUCCAGAAUUACUCGACCCUUUCGCACCUUUUACUCCAACGAAGGCUUCUGACGUCUACGCAUUUGGUUGCGUUUGCAUCGAAAUGUAUACAGGCAAGGCUCCCUAUGCGGGCCUCAGUACAUGGCAGCUUUUGGAACAAGUCCGAAAUGGUCACAAACCUGCUCGUCCUAACUUCUACGAUGACGACCCUAUGUCUGAUGAGCUGUGGUCCUUAGUCGACCGCUGCCUGUCUAUGACCCCUGCGGAUCGCCCCACAGCAGAGGCGGUGGCGAUAGCGUUGAGUGGUUUGCGCUGAGUUCUCUCCAGAGAACUCUGAUGUCUACAGAGGAAGUGUAUCAGUCGACCAUCGUGUGGUGGCAGAACGCUUGUAGUGUUUAGUCAUCCGAUGCUUGUUCACUUUUCCUCCCGACCGGCCUACCUCACGACUCACCAUGAAUCAUAACCAAAUAUUAUAGUCCAUGGCACAGCCGGGCAUUUCGAACUAUCACACCGUUUGUAUCCACGGUUCUGUUGUAUAUCCAUUGAUAUUAUUAUGCCGUGGUUCCGGUC